CUUAUUCAUCUUCAUCAGGAUGCUUAGCUUCUGUCAGUUAUAGAUGUUUAAAUGCCUCACUAGCUAAGAGUCUCUUUUCAGGAUCAACAUCUAAAGUCUUGCUCAAGUAAUCAAAGAAGAGAGGAUUAUCAACAUUAUUCAGCCUUGCCUUAAGAUGAGUUUUCUUUGGGAUAAUCAUGUUAUAAGAGUAACCUUCUUGCUCCAUCUUCUUUCUAUGUCUCCUCUUGGCUAAUUCACUGACGUUCUGAGAAUGCAUGUUAAUACCACCUGCUUCUUGGUACAAAAUUCAUUCCAUCUGUGAAAUAGUUGAUCACAUGUUUUCCUACUCUAGUCAUGUGCUCGUGGAUAGGACUCAUGAUGCCAAUGAUUCUAGCCAGAAGGCUAUCAACUGAUUAGUUUUGGAAGAGGACAUAGCCAGUGUGAAAUUCAUCAAUGAUACAUCACAAGAUCUUUAUUGGACAUAGCUGCUGAAGCUGUUGUGGAUGAAGCAACUUG